AGACUGAAAGAGGAGGAGGAGGAGGGGAGGAAGAGGGACAGAGGGGUGCCGGGAGGCACUGCCGACUGUGUAGAGCUCAGUCUGGUGAAGGAGAGCAGAGGAGCUGUGUAGCUGUCCGCUCCCCGGCUUUCAUGUCAGGGGCCACGCUGCUUGCCAGGUGCUUGCGAGGAGGAUGAUGAUGACCAUGAACGGCAAACAGCACUUCUCCAUGCACCCGGCCUUGCACGAGCCCAAGUAUCCCGGCCUGCACUCAGGCUCGGAGGGCAUGCGCAGAGUCUGUCUGCCCGCCCCACAGCUGCAGGGCAAUAUAUUCGGAGGCUUUGAUGAGAGCCUGCUGGCACGGGCAGAGGCUCUGGCGGCUGCUGACAGCAUUGUCUCUCACGGCAAGAGUCACCCAUUCAAACCAGACGUGACUUACCAUACCAUGAGCAGUGUCCCCUGCACUUCAACCUCCUCUUCUUCCUCUACCACCGUGCCCAUCUCCCACGUUCCUUCUACCAUCGCCUCUCACCACCACCACCACCACCACCACCACCUCGGACAGACCCUGGAGGCCGGGGACCUUCUGGACCACCUCUCCACCAGCCUGGCCGUGACCGGGAUGGGUGCUCCGGAGCCUCCAGGGAUGACCACGCCGGCGCACCACCACCAGCACAGUCACCACCAUCUCCAGACCAUGGGGCAGCUGCACCAGGCGAUGGCCACGAUGGCCCACCCUCACUCCCUAUCAGUGCACGGCGGCAUGGCGUGCGUCAACGACGUGGAGUCGGAUCCAAGGGAGCUGGAAGCCUUCGCCGAGAGGUUCAAACAGAGGAGGAUCAAACUCGGGGUGACCCAGGCGGACGUCGGGUCAGCGCUGGCUAACCUCAAGAUCCCUGGAGUGGGGUCCUUGAGCCAGAGCACAAUCUGCAGGUUUGAGUCCCUCACCUUGUCCCAUAACAACAUGAUUGCGCUAAAGCCUGUUCUCCAGGCCUGGCUGGAGGAAGCCGAGGCUGCGUACCGAGAGAAAAGCAGCAAGCCGGACCUUUUCAACGGGAACGACAGGAAAAGAAAGCGCACCUCCAUCGCCGCGCCGGAGAAGCGCUCUUUGGAGGCUUACUUUGCCAUUCAGCCUCGACCCUCCUCGGAAAAAAUUGCAGCCAUCGCCGAGAAACUGGACCUGAAAAAGAAUGUGGUUCGAGUAUGGUUUUGCAACCAGCGGCAAAAACAGAAACGAAUGAAAUACUCUGCGGUGCACUGAGUUUUACACAUCAUGAAUAAAAUAGCCUACUACAUUUUUGAUCGAGUGAUUAAUAAUAACCUCAGUAGCCUAACUUACAGGGAUUUAUCAACAGCUCUUCACGUCUAAACUUGGAUCAUUUCCAAAAAAAAAAAAAAAAGAUAAAAAAGAGACUGACUUCCUUCAGUUUUUAAUUUCGUGUCAUUCAUUCUAUAUCGCUGCACUUUUUUCGAUUUUUAUGUCAAUAUGGAAAUGACAAAGUGUUAUAGAUCUGUGGAAAGGAUUAUUUUGAUGUUGUUGAUUAUGUAUCUUGCACACUAAAUGAAUUUCAGUAAAUUCACACUAACAGUUUGUCACAUUCAGGGAUUUUUUUAAAAUCUGUAAAUUAAAGUUUACAGAUUUAUGCUUUAUGGAGGACUUCACGUGAUGUUAUAGGAAGUUUUAAGGAUGAUUAUUUAUGAGAUUCUAGUUUUCUUUCUGUAACACUGACUGAGAUCAGAUGUUCUCCACAUCGUCGCAGACAUCCACCAUCAUAUGUUCAACUGUAGCUUCACUUUUUUAAAAACCUUUACAGGGAUGUGAGCUCAAGGAAAACGAAAUGUUAAAAAAAAAUCACUUUUUUAUCAAUUUUUUUGCGAAUGAAUCUGCUCUUUUGUGAACUUUGUGGUCGUGAUUUACGCACCAAAAUGAGUAUUUACAGCAAGUCUUUCACAAGGUAAAACACUUUGAGUCUGUUUAUCUUGAAUUAUUUAGACAUUGAAAUGACACCGUCUUAUACUGGGCACAUCUAUGUGGCUGUGGCAGCUGCUAUAUUUUACUAUUUUGAUGUGAAAAUGUUUUGAAGAAUUGCAGGUCAGCAUUAUAUAUUUAUUAUAUAGCCUAGCUAUAUAUCCUACAGUAGAAUAUGUCUAUCACCUAAUCUAAGUAUUUAUUU